AUGGCAUCAUCAACAACAUUCAUUCCCACCUGGGGCUGGGGAGAACCCGUCGUCGAAAGGUCCCCAACCAGAGAUGAUAGAGUACCUCUGUCAGAUCACAAGACGUUGCUCUCAGCUCUUCGAUACUGGCAAGAUAUCAUGGUGGCCCAGCCAGUUGCUCAGCAACUUUCGAAACCCCCUUCUCGAUAUUCGGUCAUACAGGGAGCAAAGAAGACCUUUGAAACCCUCUGGCGGGCGUGCCAAAGUGAACUCCCCAGGGAUGUGGAUCAAUUCAUGUCCACUAUCGAGAUCUCCUCGAGGUCUGAGCAUGGGGAUCAGGCCCAUUUCCCUAGUCCGCUUAGAGAGCAGGAGGCUAUCAUCGCCAUCAAAGCCCUAGAGGCUUGUACAGCCGCCGCUAUUGGCAAACUUCGCCACCGGGAAAAGAGCCCUAAGAUUGAGGUUGAUGUUGACAAGGCUUCUGUCUUCUUAAUGUCAGCUUACUUGACAACCCUUGAUGGCUUGGACAAAGCGAACCCUAAAAUUAGAAAGAGAAUACCUGACACGGAUUUGAAUCAGGCUCAAUCUGUACUGUACCGAAGGUUCUCGGCGAACCUCUACAGGACCAAGAAUCCUGGAGAGUACUACCAUAUCCAUGGGUCUCUGGAUGCCGAUACAACACUGGAGAUGUUGGGGCUGCCGAAGCACAACCCCGACUUGACGGAUUAUGACGACAUCAUUAGAUACAUCGAAGCGGCUGUCAAAAAGUACACGGCUGAGGAACUUGAUAAGCUCAACCUUGAACACAGACAAGCUGGCAUUCAGGCUUAUACCUGGGAGCAGUUCCAAAAUACUGAGCAUGGAAAACUCCUGACGUCUCUUCCUCCCUUGACAGUUCGGCCCAACAAGUACGACACAACCACGCCACCUGCUCCCUUUCCCUCAAUACCAGAAGCCCCUAAGCUAGCGGCACGACACGCUCUAGAAGGCAUCAAAGUCCUUGAGCUCUGCCGCAUCAUCGCCGGCCCAACCAUUGGCCGCUCUCUAGCCGCCCACGGAGCCCAAGUCAUUAAAGUGACAUGCCCCACUCUCCCCGAUGUCCCCUUCUUCCCACUAGACGUCAACACCGGCAAGCACGCCAUCCACCUCAACCUCAAAGACGCCUCGCCCAACGGCGACCGUGCCAAAUUCGACACUCUCCUCCUGGAAGCCGACGUCUUGAUCGACGGCUACCGCCCCGGCGCCCUCGCCAGGCUAGGCUACUCUCCCGAGCGACUGGCCGAGCUCGCUCGCCAGCGCGGUCGUGGCUAUGUCUAUGUGGCCGAGGACUGUUUCGGCGGGAGCGGCCUCACUGGCGCAGCGGAAGACUUCCCCACGGCCUGGUCCAAGCGUGCUGGGUGGCAGCAGAUCGCGGACUGUGUGACGGGCGCGGCUUGGGCGCAGGGCCGAUUCAUGGGACUCGACGAGCCCGUCGUGCCGCCGUUCCCGAUGAGCGAUUAUGGCACAGGUGCGCUGGGGUGCCUGGCUGCCAUGGCAGGGUUGUACCGGCGGGCUACGGAGGGGGGAUCGUGGGUGUGUCGGACGAGUUUGUGUCAGUAUGAUGUGUUUCUGCUAGGGUUGGGGUUGCUGCCCGAGGAGGAGCAGGAGAGGUUGAGGAAGGUCUAUGGGUUUGACGAGCAGGACCCGGAGGGGUUCUUCUCACUUAGGUAUUGUGAUUCGGUGGAUACGGUUGGGAAGAAAGCUCUGAAGGGGAUGAGGAAGGCUGUGCCACAUUUGUUCGAUGAGAAUGGGCAAGCGUCGGCGAGAUUGAUGCAUCGUGCGCGGAGCAAGGGGUUCAAGGGGGAUAUCCGAUGGCCUCGGGAGCCUAUCAAGAUUGAUGGCCUGCGGGUCGGGCAUGUGAGGACAGCCAGGCCAAAUGGGUAUGACACCUUGAAGGUAGGAAAGGAUGGCCAGUUGGAUGCCUGGAAUGAAUGGGAAGAGGAUGAGAUUGAUCAGGAAGUUGAAUGA